CUGAUGAUUUUAUAACUAGCUAAUUAGAGAAUUCAUUAUAGUUUUAUAAAAUGUCGAUAUCUUUAGCAAAAGCGUUGAGGGACUCUGGCAUUUAUAGCAAAGUUAUAAUGGACUAAGAUACUGCCAACAAUUAAGAUAGCUAGCUACUUUAAUACACUUAAAUGAAGUUUAACGUUUGGACGUUAUCAUUUGCUUGUAAUUAACAAAAUAACUAGCAAACGCUAGCAAUAGUUAACUAGCUAACAGGUUCUUACGUGCCAGCUUCUCGCGCUGUUGCUAGGCUACCACUGAAAACAGUCGUAUUCCACAUAUUGCAAGGCUCGUAUUUACGACAUCUCGUAAAUCUGUUAGCUACCAACUUCUCAAAUUUAUUGAGGUUUCAGCAAUAACGCCUCUUUCAAAAACGUUCACAUUUUAAAUAGGAAACAAUUUACUUCUUUCCAAUGUUGCCGCUUAAUGAAUAGCGCAUCUGCACAAAAAAUUUCCAACUGGCGAGGUAGAGUUGCGCUUACUUUUGUGACCCGGAAACUAUAUUUGUCCCUCAACUGAAAAAAAUGUUAGCUAGUUAGCUACCUAGCAUGACAAUCCCGGCGUCGUUAUCAAAUAAAACUUUGUCGUCCGCCUAAAAUAUAUAAACUACACGGUCUCUUUCCGAAUAGUUUCCUAAAGAUAUGACAAGUGCUCAAUGAGGUCUCAUAUCAAUGAUGGCUGUAGUGUCAUGGAAGGAGACGAGUCUACUGACUGGACUGGUGGUGUGCUGCUACUGGAACAGUCUGUUGUGUGGCUUUGUAUUUGAUGAUGUUUCUGCCAUCUUGGAUAACAAGGACCUUCGUCCAUCUACGCCUAUUAGGAACCUGUUUCUCAAUGAUUUUUGGGGGACCCCUAUGUCAGAGGAGAGGAGCCAUAAAUCCUACCGGCCGCUCACUGUCCUCACCUUCCGGUUCAACUACCUGCUGAGUGAGCUGCGGCCUGCCUCCUACCACAUGCUCAACGUGGUCCUGCAUGCUGCCGUCUGUGUCCUCUUCCUGCGUCUCUGCCGGCUGCUCCUGGACCACACGACCAGCCUGGUGGCAGCACUGCUGUUCGCGGUGCACCCCGUCCACACAGAGGCGGUUACAGGCGUGGUGGGCCGAGCUGAGCUGCUGUCUUCUAUCUUUCUGUUGGCUGCCUUCCUGGCCUACACCGAGUCGAAAGGCGCGGAGCACUCCGUGGCAUGGAGCCCCAUGGUUUUGACGGUGUUUCUCGUAGCGAUUGCAACAUUGUGCAAGGAGCAGGGCAUUACCGUCAUUGGGAUCUGUUGCGUCUACGAGGUGUUUGUUGCCCAGGGGUUCACCUUGCCCAUGCUGGCUGAGACAGUGGUGCAGGUGUUGCGGGGUAAGGGCGGCUUCUCUCACACCCUGCUGCAGACCCUCCUCAAGCUGGUGGUGCUCAUCAUCAGCACACUGCUGCUGGUCGUCGUGCGAGUGCAGGUCAUCCAGUCGCAGCUCCCCGUCUUCACCAGGUUUGAUAACCCAGCAGCGGUCAGCACCACGCCUACCAGACAGCUGACCUUCAACUACCUGUUGCCCGUGAAUGGCUGGCUCCUUCUCAACCCCUCCGAGCUUUGCUGUGACUGGACCAUGGGCACCAUCCCUCUGGUGGAGACCUUGUUGGACCUGCGCAACCUGGCAACCCUGGCUUUCUACACACUGCUCAGCCUGCUGGCCUAUCACAGCCUACGCCACACCCACAGCUCUGCCAAAAUCGUUGUCAUGGCUCUCUCUCUGAUGGUCCUGCCAUUUGUCCCGGCCUCCAACCUCUUCUUCCCGGUGGGCUUUGUGGUGGCUGAGCGAGUGCUCUACGUGCCCAGCAUGGGUUUCUGCGUGCUGGUGGCUCACGGCUUCAAGAGCCUGUCCUUAAGAUGGGGCCUAAAGAGAAUCUCCUGGAUCUUCAUGGGGGUUCUUCUAAUGAUGCAUGCUGUGAAGACAUUCAACAGAACCUGGGACUGGGAGUCGGAGUACACACUAUUCACUUCUGCUUUAAAAGUAAACAGGAACAAUGCUAAGCUUUGGAAUAAUGUUGGCCAUGCUCUGGAAAACCAAAAUAAUUAUGAGAGGGCUCUGAGAUAUUUCCUUCAGGCCACAAGAGUACAACCAGAUGAUAUUGGAGCCCAUAUGAAUGUUGGAAGAACAUACAAGAACCUCAAUCGAUCCAAAGAGGCUGAAGAGGCAUAUCUGGUUGCCAAAUCUCUCAUGCCGCAGAUAAUUCCAGGAAAGAAGUAUGCUACUCGUGUGGCCCCUAACCACCUGAACGUCUAUAUCAACCUGGCCAACCUGAUCCGUGCCAACGACUCGCGUCUGGAGGAAGCCGACCAGCUCUACAGGCAGGCCAUUAGCAUGAGGCCUGACUUCAAACAGGCGUACAUCAGCAGAGGAGAGCUCCUUUUGAAGAUGAAUAAACCCAGUGAGGCCAGGGAUACCUACCUGCGGGCAUUAGAGUUGGAUCGUACCAAUGCUGACCUGUGGUACAACCUGGCCAUCGUCAACAUUGAGAUGAAAGAACCCUCUGAAGCCCUGAGGAACUUUAACCGUGCACUCGACCUGAACCCUCGGCACAAACUUGCCCUUUUCAACUCUGCUCUUCUCAUGCAGGAAUCUGGCGAGGCCAGACUUCGGCCCGAAGCCAACCGGCGGUUCCUCACAUACAUAAAGGAGGAGCCAGAUGAUGCUAAUGGCUACUUCAACCUGGGCAUGCUGGCCAUGGACGCCAACGAGAAUGAGGAGGCGGAACGUUGGAUGCGGCAGGCCAUCCGGCUGCAGCCGGGCUUCCGCAGUGCCCUCUUCAACCUGGCACUGCUCUUCUCACAGUGGGGGCGUGAGCUGGACGCGCUGCCCGUGCUCGACGAGCUCCUGCAGCACCACCCCGGGCACAUCAAAGGCCUCAUCCUGAAGGGCGACAUCCUGAUGAACCACCACAAGGACACGCGUGGUGCACGGGCCUGCUUCGAGCGCAUCCUGCGCACUGACCCAGCCAAUGUGCAGGCCAAACACAACCUGUGUGUGGUGCACUUCGAGGAGCGCGACUUGCCUGGUGCCGAGCGCUGCCUGGAGGAGACGCUGGCCCUGGCACCCAACGAGGAGUACGUGCGCCGCCACCUCGCCAUCGUCCGUGGCAAGAUGGCAGCCGCGAACGCUGCCGGCCAGCCACUGGGGCCAGCAGAUGGCACCGUGCUCGCCAAUGAGCGCCAGUCACAGGGGAAGGGCCGCGGAGAGGAAGAGGAAGAGGAGGACGACGAAGAGCGGCCAGCCAAGGCAGGAACAGGGGAAGGGGCUGGGAGAGAGAAGAAUUUGCGGAAAUCCUCCCCCGCUGAUGGCUCUCACAGCCCCGCCCAGGUCCAGGACGCGAGGCUGGACGCAAGCCAGGCUGAAAAGCGGACUAAGAACAAAUCCACAAAAGAGAUUAAAGACAUAGAAAAAAAACGAGAGGCAGCCUUGAAAAGACUGGAGGAGAUUGAGCGUAUACUAAGCAGUGAUUAACCUUUCUGUUUACCUGACGAGCUCCUUUUCUCCGGUCAUUUGAAGCACAGGGAAAAGGCUCACUGGGUUUCCAAACAAGACAUUGUUUAUGCAUGUGUGUAGACUCCAAGAAGACCUUGUUUAUGUGUAUAAAAACUCUGAGAGGAAGCUGUGCUUUGUUUGUUUGUUUGGGUUUUUUUUGCUGUUUGUUUUAUUUAUGUUUAUUGUUACUGUAUGGGGUACACAAUUCUUAUGGCUUGAAUCAAGAAAGCCUUAAUUGUGUGAACUCAGUGUGGCAGUAGAAAAAAAAACAGAAAAUAAUAUACUGCUUUUUUUUUAGUUGGAAAUUCCUGGCUGCAGAAAUUUUUCAGUGAUGGUGUGUGGGGGUUUGUUUUUUGGUUUGUUGUUGUUGUUGUUGUUGUUUGGUGUUGGUUGGUUGUUGUUUUUUUAAAUCACUGGAUCAUUUUUUUUUAUCUUGGAAGACUAUUAAUAUUUGUCAAUAACGGGCAGUGGAAUCAGGGUCACAGACAAUUGCAGGAAGUGUGUGCAUGGAGGGCCCAGUGUGGGCAGGGUGCUUAAGGCCUCCUCUGUCCUGCCACUGGCCCCACACACUCUGCCUGGUUUCCUUUCCAGUGGCGUUUCCUCACUGCGGCCUCGCCUGCUGUUUUGUCUCGUGCCUCACAUGGCCACACCUCCUGGUAUGGAGGCUUUAAUUCUACCGCCCUGACAUCAUCGAGCACGUUCAUCUCACCGCCGUUCGGGGUCAGCUCCCCUGGCUAGUCGGCCUCCACCCCUGCCGGCCUGAGUGUUUGCCUCCGGGCUACAACGAGCAGCCUGCGUGCCUCUCUGAUCCUGUGUCACUGGCUUUCACAGAGCUGUCAUACCUCGGCGGUAGUCCCUUUGACUGGGGUGUUAUGGCCUUGGUUUCACAGGGCUUGCUCCUGUUGCUUUGUUCUUGCUGCUCACAUCAAACAGGAACUCAUAAUGAGGCACUGAGGGAGAACCAAUCAUCUUCCAUUUUGAUGUGUGUAAAUACUCCAGAACACUUUCAUCUUUGAGGCUUGUGACUUUCAGGUACUGUAGUUAUUCAGAGACCAGCAGGUGAAUAGGUAAUAAUUGGUAUGCAGAGAAAGAGAAGAGAACAUUAGGGUUGUGUGUGUGUUGGAUCUUUUUGGAAUCAUUUAUUGAUUAAAAUGUCUUGUUUGUUUGUUUGUUUUGUUUUUUCUUUUAAUGUUAUAAAGCACUGUAUAUUGCAGAACAGACAAUGACUUCUUAAUGGACUUGAACAGUGGAGACCUGCACUCUUGAUCUCCUGUUCACACCCACAGCCUCUCACUAAAGUAGACAGUAGAUCCAAACUGACAUUGCUUAUAGUUCAUCCACAUCAUUUUCCCUGGUCUUUCACUGUCAUUCAUAUCUGUCCAUUAGUAAAUGCUGUGAAUAUUUUUGCACAGUGUUAACAGUAAAGCUUGGUUUGGGUUGCCAUUCUGUCUAAAGCAGCAAAGCAGUACCUGAUGGUCCUGUAAGUGCUUGACACCCCAGAGAGCAAGGUGUGUACACAGACGUUCAUCCACUAACACUAAUGAUACCAGAGGCCUCUCUGCACUGCAUGUCUGUAGCACAUUCUGGACUGGGCUUUCUCUUGCCACAUUGAAACAUCACGGGUAAUAAAUCCACUUGGAGCUGUACAGAGAAUGACGUGCACUAAGGCUCACAUUCAGACUAUUAUCCUUUGGUGAAGGGCCAACGUUAAAAUGUUUCAUGUGAAAUACCCUGCUACUGUAUCCAUAAUGCACCCUGACAGUAGCUUAUUGGCUAUUUUUUUGCCAGUGUACUAAAAUAAUUUUAAAUUGAUUUGUACUCUGUUUAUUAUAUGCACAGUUGCUGCAGUAUUAACCAUGUCAUGUCAUGUCAUUGAUCGUAUUGCGCACCAAUUAGCUCUAAAGCCAAUCGGCAGACAUAAAAAGGCUACCAGUCAUAUUUUAACUCCCCUUACCUAAGGGUGACACCUGGGAAUGUGUGCUUUUUGUCAGUAAACAUGUUUAGUGCCUCCUUUAAGGAUGCCCUGCCCCAGAGUUCUAAAACAAUGGCCUCACUUACUGCUGUGCUGUCACUGAAACCACUAUUUUGUGUGUGUGUGUGUGUGUUGUUGGGGUUGGUGCUUGGUUUUUUUUGUUUGUUUGUUUGUUUGUUUGUUUUUUAAUCAAAAGUGAUUUAACACUUUUACUUUCACUUGUAAUCCAGAGUGUCAUUGGUGUCUGAGCCUACAUAUUUCCUCAAUAAAAAAUAUUUACAGGAAUGCA